UGGCAGUACCUCAGUCGUUUGACGUCCACGGUUAAAGAAACGUAAAGUUUUAUUUAUUUUACUAUAAUAUUCAUAUUUAAAUACCAACAUCAAAAUGCGUGUGUCGUUGUGCUUAUUCGCGGUAGCUUAUUUUAUCGCCGGCGCGUGCGCAGGAAAGCUUCCAACGUUCAUCAAAGCCUGUUCAGUAUCAGACCCAAAACUCAAUCAAUGUAUCGAGUCCGCUAUAACCGUCGCCGGGCCAAAGUUUGCCCAAGGCAUCCCAGAACUGGGAAUCAAACCCUUAGACCCUGCGGAACUGGGUAAAGUUGUUGUGAACAAUCCCGCCUUAAAGAUCAUCCUCGAAGAUACCGUUGUGACUGGAUUAGGAGGAUUCAAGAUUAAUUCCUUUAAAAUGAACGUGGAAAAGGGUAAAGCUGUCCUGGACUUCACAGCCAACGUGACGUUGAAGGCGCACUAUGAUAUGGACGGAAAGGUGCUUAUCGUACCAAUCAGGGGCAACGGCCAGGCCAAGAUCAAGAUCACAAACCUUCGUAUUGUGAUCAAAUACGAUUUCAAAUCAGUCGACGGUUACUGGACUGUCACCGAUCACAAGGACAGUUACAAAAUGGACCGAGCACAGUUCAAGUUCACCAACUUAUUCAACGGAAACAAGGAGCUCGCUGACACAACAAUAAGAUUCCUUAACGAAAACUGGGAAAUUAUAAUGCAAGAAAUAGCACCACCAGCCAUGGAUCAAAUAAUUGUAGCGUGCGUUGAAGAAGUUAGGAAACUGUUUCUGGCAGUACCCGCAGAUCAAUUGCUAUCCCAGUGAAUGCGGACACAAUCGACGCGGUGAUCAAUGAGCACUGGGAGCCGGUGAUCAAAGACAUCGCACCCACCGCUUUCGACACAAUCAUCAACGCGUGCGUUAAUGAAGCAAAGAAACUAUUCGCUUCUAUUCCAGCCAACCAACUUCUUCUAUCAUAAAACAUAAUAUGAUAGCAUAUUGGUCAAUUUAAAAAAAAAUGAACUCUGUUUUUAAAUUUUCUAAGAAUUAUUGAGGUUAAGGGUUAUAAUUUUUAUACUAAUUGUUGAGAAACGGAUAUUAUUGUUUGUAAUACUUGCAACAAUUUGAUACCAAAUGCUUGCUGAAUAAUAUAGUGUUUCUAUUAGGUUCCGUUUUAUUAAAUUAAUUUAAACUGUUCCAACAGUUAUUAAUUAAUAAUAAAUAGUAUGAACCCAGUGGCUCAACAAUAGAGAUGUCGGGACCUAGUUUGAAAUAUUAAAAAUACUAGGACUCGACAUCCGAGUUUUAACAAUCAUGAUUCUAUUUAUUUGGUUAUUUGUAUUAGUA